AGGAGGCAUGCCAGACAAGAGUGGCUUGGCUUGGGGAGGUGGUUGUGUACUGUAACCCUCAGGGAGGAGCAAGGGAGGCUGUUCAAACCUGCCUGGGAAUCGGCAUCGCACGGCUCCUCCAUCCAUCCCGGUGAUCCGAGCCCUCUCUCACCUGCUUCCAAAUGGCCACUUACAAGGUCCAGGUGGCCACCGGCAACAUCAUGUUGGCAGGCACCUACAGCAGCGUCUCCAUCGUCCUGGUUGGGACUCGAGGGAAGAGCCACAAGCAGCAGUUGAAUAACCGGGGCCGAGAUUUCGUUCCCGGGGUGGUGGACGAGUAUGAGAUGCAUUGCGCGAGGGACCUGGGAGCACUUCUGCUGGUCCAGCUGCACAAAGAGCCCUACCUGUUCUUCCCCAAAGACAGCUGGCUCUGCGACUAUGUCAAGGUGACGACCCAGCACGGGAAGACCUACCACUUCCCCUCCUACCAGUGGCUGGAGGGCUACGGCACCCUGACGCUGCGAGAGGGAGCAGCCAAAACUUUUGCUGAUGAUUCUGGGAAUUCCAUCCUUUUGGAGCAUCGCAAGGAAGAGCUCAAAAGACGAAAGGAAUCUUACGGGUGGAAAGAUUACGCCCCAGGCUGGCCAAGAUGCGUAAAUGCAGAAAGUACCAAAGACUUGGACUCCAAUUCUAAGUUCACCCUCACCAAGACCACUGUUUUCACCAUGCAUGCUGCCAAGUCGGAACUCGAGCUGCGGUUGAAAGGCUUCUCCAACCUGGAGGGUUCUUGGGAGAGUCUUGACGACAUUGGGAAAGUCUUCUGGUUCAAGAAGACCCCUGUCACAGAGUAUGUUGCAGAUCAUUGGCGGGAUGACGAUUUCUUUGGCUACCAGUAUCUGAACGGGGUCAAUCCUGUGGUGAUUCAGAAAUGCACCAAGCUCCCGGCUAACUUUCCGGUCACCCAGGAGAUGGUGGCUGGGUCCCUGGGGGAUUCCACCACCCUUCAGGAAGAGCUGAAGAAAGGGAACAUCUUCAUCACAGACUACAAAAUUCUUGAGGACAUCCCAACAUGCCUUCUGAACGGUAAACCCCAGUAUCUGGCAGCGCCCCUCUGCCUGCUGCACCUCAACCCUCAAGGAAAGAUCAGGCCGCUGGCAAUACAGCUCAGUCAGACCCCAGGCCCCGAGAGCCCCAUUUUCCUGCCCAGUGACCCUGAAUGGGACUGGACGCUUGCUAAGAUCUGGGUGAGGAUGGCCAACUUCCAUGUCCAUGAGGUCAACACCCACCUUCUGGAAGCACACUUCCACUGCGAGGUCUACACCAUGGCCACCCUCCGCCAGCUCCCCAUGUGCCACCCUGUCUACAAGCUCCUGAUACCUCACACCCGGUACACGCUCCACAUCAACACCUUGGCCCGCACCAGCCUUAUACAGCCAGGAGGGGUAUUUGAUAAGGCGACUGCAACGGGCCGCGAUGGGAUGUUGAAAUUGCUUGCCAAAGGAGUGCAGGCCUCCAGCUAUACUGCCCUUUGCCUCCCAGACGACCUUGAAAGAAGAGGAGUAGCCUCUUUGCCCAAUUACUACUUCCGGGAUGAUGGAAUGAAGAUCUGGACUGCCAUACAGAAGCUGGUCUCUGGCAUUGUUGGCCUCUACUACAAAUCGGAUGCUGCCGUAAAGGAGGACCCCGAACUGCAAGCCUGGGUGUGCGAAAUUUUCACAGAAGCUUUCCUGGGCCUGAAGUCGUCUGGUGUCCCUUCUACCUUGGAAACCACGGAGGAGCUGGUCAAGUUCCUCACCAUGAUAAUCUUUUGCUGUUCUGCGAGGCACGCAGCCGUCAACAGUGGGCAGUUUGAUUUCGCUGCCUGGAUGCCCAACACACCAGCCACCUUGAGACAGCCUCCCCCCCAAACCAAGGGCACCGCAACCUUGAAGAGCAUCUUGGACACCUUGCCCGAAGUGAACUCCACCUGUGCACUUCUCUCUCUGCUUUCAGUUGUGAGCUAUGAGCCGGGCGACCUGAGACCACUGGGCUACUACCCCGAUCAGCACUUCACAGAAGAGGAGCCUCAAAAGCUGAUUGCCGAAUUCCAGGCGCGCCUAGCCGAGAUCUCAAAGGAAAUCAAUCAGAGGAAUGAGCAACUUCCCAUUGGCUACCUCUAUUUGAACCCUUCCGAAGUCCAGAACAGCGUCUCCAUAUAAAGGGGUUCCACCUAACCUGUAUAAACCCUGCAGCAUCCUGGGAAUUGCGGGCCCAGAAUGCUAAGGCAAGAAGAACUCCUUUGGGGAUCAGAACAUCCAGAUUUGGAUAUAUUAUGCAAAUAAGGCCCAUGCACACUAUGCUAUUUCAUUUACAGUCUGCAAGCAUUAUUGUUACUAUUAUUUGGAUUUAUUUCAGGGAAAUUUUCUUUCCAGGGCUUAGACUGGAGUAACUCUACUUAGGAUUUCACUGUUAGUCACUGCCACAUCAGAUGAGAUAGUUCUCCAUAACAUCCCUAUCCCCGAACGCUCUUCCCUGACUCCACACAUCCACAUGGGGCAUGUUUGAAUCACAUACAUUCCAGUGUGCACAGGGCAGCCACAUCAGUUAUUGAAUUUUAUGCAGGGAAUAGACUGUACAGUUUGGACAUUAUACACGGGAUUAUUAUAUAUAUAUAUGCUCAAUUUGAAAUCAUCACUUGGUAGAUGUUUGGAGGAAGGCAGAGAAAGUAGGUUCUCCCUCCAUACCACUUAAGUGAGUGAUUGUAUCUUCUGAACGGAGGAAUGAGGGGCUAGAGGACUACAAUGAAUGUGUCAGGAAAGAGGGGUUGCACUUCCUCCAAUGAUCCCUGGAAGCCCCACCCCAGAUUGCUUUUGUAUUGUGAGCAUUUACCUUAACCAUGGUCAACCUUUCGUUCAUGAAGAUUAGGGACUUACUUGGGAGUGGAGGGCUUAAAUAUAAAACUCCCAGAAAUCGGCAGUCAGAACAGGACAGGGAAUUGGUACAACAGAGAAAAGCGCAUGUCUUAAUAGUCUGCCCAAAGAGGUCAUGAUGAGUGAGGGAGAACUUGGGUGAAAAUUUUAAAGAAAUAAAAAGAAAGUUCUGAUUCA